AUGAUGGGCAAGCAGGGGCGGGGAAGCUUCUCCUCGGGCAAGGCGGCGGGGAGCUCGACGGGGGUGAAGAAGAAGAAGAUGGUCAUCAAGCCGUUCAAGGUCCAACCGAAGCUGCCUGAGCAGUUCGAGGACAGCACUUGGGAGAUGCUGCAGAGGGCGGUCGUCGCGAUCCAGACAAAGCAGCCCAUCGAUACGAGCAGGGAGGAGCUUUACAGGGCCGUCGAGGACCUGUGUGUUCACAAGAUGGGCGCCAAUCUCUACGACAGAUUGAGAGACGAGUGCGGGUCCCACACACGUCGGGAGAUGGAGUCCCUGGUAGGACAGACCCCGGACUGCAACGCCUUCCUGCAGCUGGUGGAUCGGAAUUGGCAGGACCAUUGCUCCUCGAUGCUCACCCUGCGGAACGUGUUCCUCUACCUCGACCGCAGCUUCGUGCUUCAGGCGCCCAACCUCCGGAGCAUCUGGGACAUGGGGCUGGAGCACUUUCGGAACCACUUUCAGGCACUAGAGGAGGUAGAGGCCAAGACGGUGGCGGGGAUCUUGACGCUGAUCGAGCGUGAACGAACAGGGGUGGACGUUAACCGUCCCCUGCUCCGCAGCCUCCUUCGCAUGCUGUCAGCGCUACAGGUGUACGAGGAGCUGUUCGAGGGGCGUUUCUUGAGGGAGACGGAGGAGUUCUACGCCGCCGAAGGCGUGCGUUACAUGGCCACCGCCGAUGUACCGCACUUCCUGCAGCACGUCGAGGAGCGCCUUCAGCAGGAGGCAGACCGAGCGUCACUGUACCUGGAUUCGUCGACGCGAAAGCUGCUCGUCACCACAGCGGAAAGCCAGCUCCUCAAGCCUCACACGCAGGCGUUGCUGGAGCGCGGGUUUGGCAGUCUCAUGGACUCGCAGCGGUUGCCGGAGCUGAAGGUCAUGUACCAGCUCUUCCAGCGGGUACAGGCCUUGGAUGAGCUCAAGGCAGCGAUGACGGCGUACGUGCAAUCAAAGGGACUCUACAUAGUCCACGAUAAGGACAACGACAAGCAGAUGAUAUCCAACCUCCUGGCCUUCCGAGCAAAGCUGGACGAGUGCAUCAACACAGCCUGCGACGGGAACGAGUCGUACCGCUACAAGCUCAAGGAGGCCUGGGAAGCUUUCCUCAACGCAAGACACAACCGGCCGGCGGAGCUGAUGGCGAAGUUCUUGGACGUGAAGCUCAAGGGGGAGAAGGGCACGUCGGACGACGAGGUGGAAGCCGUCCUCGAGAGGGUCAUGGUGUUAUUCAGGUAUCUGCAAGGGAAAGACGUCUUCGAAGCAUUCUACAAGAAGGACCUGGCCAAAAGAUUGCUGCUCGGGAAGAGCUCCAGCUUCGACUUGGAGAGGUCCAUGAUCUCCAAGCUCAAGACGGAGUGCGGAAGUGCGUUCACGUCAAAGCUGGAAGGAAUGUUCAAGGACAUCGACCUGAGUCGAGAUCUGAUGACGACGUACUCGCACCACCUCAAGACUAAGCUUCACGACCGAACAGUUUUCAAGCUGGACAAGAGCAGGGAAAUGGAUCUGCACGUGCAGGUGUUGACGACCGGUUAUUGGCCGGGGUACCCCGCUAUGGAGGUGGGAAUGCCGGACGAGAUGAAAGAGCACGUCGAGUGCUUCAGGUGCUACUACCAGAACAAGUACCAGGGUCGGCGUCUUGUGUGGCAACCCGUGUUGGGCCAGUGCGUCUUGAAGGUGGCUUUCCCGAAGGGCCGCAAGGAGCUCGCGGUGUCCCAGCUUCAGACUCUGGUCCUGUGGUGCUUCAGCACGGACGAUGAGGUGUCGUUCGCGGAGGUGAAGGCCAAGACUGCCAUCGAGGACGGCGAGCUACGGAGAACACUUCAGUCGCUCGCCUGCGGGAAGGUGAGGGUGCUUCACAAGGAGCCGAGGGGGCGAGAGGUUAACGACGGCGAUAAUUUUCUGUUCAACAAAGACUUCACGGCGAAGCUGCACCGCAUCAGGAUCAACAGCAUCCAGCUCAAGGAGACCUCGGAGGAGAAUGAAAAGACCCACGAGGCCGUAUUCAGAGACCGGCAGUACCAGGUGGACGCUGCGAUCGUGCGCAUCAUGAAGGCGCGCAAGAACCUGGCGCACACGAUGCUCAUGAGCGAGCUCUUUUCCCAGGUCAAGUUCCCUGCCACGCCUGUGGACCUCAAGAAGAGGAUAGAGUCCCUGAUAGAGCGGGACUACCUCGAGAGAGACCCCAACAAGCCCGGGGACUACCGGUACCUCGCAUGACCACGGGCUGUGGCGGGGGGGGCAUUUAUUGCAUUUUUUUUUCGGUUCGGAACAUGUGUAUUUUAUCCGCUUGAGCUGUCGACAUCUGGGCCAGCGUCCGGUUGUUGACACAUGGCAGGUAUUGAUUACGCCAAGAUGGGGGGAGGUUCCGCUGUAUCAGUUCUUAGGGGGGGGGGGUGGUUGCGGGGCGGGACUUUGCUUGUCACGUCCGCGGGCGCGGCGUUGGUGUUGCGCGGCUGCGACGUUCCAAGAACACGUAUAUGGGCGGUGAUUUUAUUCGUGUUUUUUCGAAUUGGGCAGGUGUCUUUUGCUGAACGGACGGCUGGGUGUUGCUGACUGAGCGGGCGUCUUUUUGCUGAAAUAAUAGACAGGCGUUUCACCGCGCCAAAGGCAAGGCCUAUGGUGGAGUUGGUUUUGGUUGGCAGACUGGUACAGUGCCACCGCUGCUUGGAGAGCGAGAGCAAUCGCACUGUUUCCACGGAGGCAGGUUGAUUGAUUGCCGUGGUCUGUCUAAUGGAGUGUGUCCUUUCUUAAGGCAACGGGCCCGCCGCCUGGCGUUGGGAUGUCUCACUCCUUUCGCGCUAGUGUGGAUUGGCGAUGUGUAUUUCGGAGCUUGCUAUGUUGGUUUUACUAAAACUUGCUAUUUUGGUUUUCGUUUGUUGCCACACAGUAUUGUAGUCUGGGGGGGGAUGUUGGCAGGCCAUCGCUCUCGAUUUGUGUUUUUCGGUAGAGGCUGUGUGU